UGGGGCGGACAGCAACCUGACCCAGUGCGCAGGCGCGGGAAAGGUAAACUUUUAAAAGAAAAGUUUGCACAAGUUCACUGGAGGAGGAGGCGGAGACCGGGUCCGGGGCCAGGUGCUCCCAUGGCAGGCUCCGAGGAACUGGGGCUCCGCGAGGACACGCUGAGGGUCCUAGCAGCUUUCCUUAGGCGGGGUGAGGCUGCCGGGGCCCCUGUUACGAACCCACCCAGGAGCCCCACCCAGGAGCAGCCAACAGCCUUCCUGAGCAGACUUCGCAGAUGUCUUCCCUGCCCUCUGGGUCAAGGAGCAGUUCCCCCUGAGUCCCCUCGACCUUGUUCCCUGCCCCUCCAUCCCUGCUAUGGUUCAGAGCCUGGCCCAGAUACUUCAGACUUCUAUACCCUCGUGGCCCAACGGCUUGAGCAGCUGGUCCAAGAGCAACUCAGAUCACCUCCUAGCCCAGAGUUACAGGGACCCCCGCCUACUGAGAAAGAAGCCUUGUUACGCAAGCUGGUGGCCUUGCUGGAGGAGGAGGCGGAAGUCAUCAACCAGAAGCUGGCCUCAGACCCUGAUCUCCGCCGAAAGCUGACACGUCUCUCCAUGGGUUCUUUCGCCCGCCUGGCAGAACUGUUCUCCAGUCGUGAGGCUAGCCCUCGACCCAGCUGUGCACGCCCGUUGUCACCAUGCCCAGGCCCCCCACCACCUUCCCCGGAGCCCUUGGCACGCUUAGCACUGGCCAUGGAGCUGAGCCGGCGCGUGGCUGGCCUAGGGGGCACGCUGGCGGGGCUCAGCGUGGAGCACGUGCAGAGCUUCACACCCUGGAUCCAGGCCCACGGGGGCUGGAACGGCAUCCUGGCUGUUUCUCCUGUGGACUUGAACUUGCCCCUGGACUGA